CAUUUUGCACAGCAUUUUAAAAGGUUCUCUUAUAAGCACUAUUUUUAACAGCCAAAUCCGCCCCCCAAAACAGAAAGGAAAAACCCUAGGUAUUUUUCUGUGAUAGAUCUCAGUUUAUGAUCAAUUGAAGCAUCUCUCACAACAUUUACCUGAAGCCUGGCUUAUUUUACCUUUUUAUUAUUCAAGUUGAGAUUUUUGGAGGUGGUGUGGAUUUUUUUUUUUUUUUUUUUUUUUACUGGCAUAAGAAAAUUUGAGAAUUUAAUUGCAGUAGAAUACUUGGAAACAGUGAGGCUGCAAGCUUGAAAGGCAGAGGGAAGAGAAGGAAGGCUCUCACAGCAGAGCAUGGAUAGGAAAGGAGCAGUGAUUCUGCGGUGCUCAGUGUGCACAUGUUUUAUGAGAUCAGUGCCGGGCGCUGCAGCUGCGGACAAUAACUGAGCUGUCUGGCUAAUGAAGGCCACCUGGAUCAGGCUUCUGAAAAGAGCCAAAGGAGGACGUCUGAAGAACUCUGAUAUCUGUGGUUCGGCGGACUCCUACACCAGCCGUCCAUCCGAUUCAGAUGUAUCUCUGGAAGAAGACAGGGAAGCAGUGCGGAGAGAGGCAGAGCGACAGGCCCAGGCACAGCUGGAAAAAGCAAAGACAAAACCCGUUGCAUUUGCAGUUCGGACAAAUGUUGGGUAUAGUGCAGCUCACGAUGACGAUGUUCCAGUCCCAGGCAUGGCCAUCUCAUUUGAGGCUAAAGAUUUUCUUCAUGUUAAAGAAAAAUUUAAUAAUGACUGGUGGAUAGGACGGUUGGUAAAAGAAGGCUGUGAAAUAGGAUUCAUACCAAGCCCAGUCAAACUAGAAAACAUGAGGCUGCAGCACGAACAAAAGGCAAAACAAGGAAAAUUCUACUCCAGUAAAUCAGGAGGAAACUCUUCAUCCAGUUUGGGUGACAUCGUUCCUAGUUCCAGAAAAUCAACGCCUCCAUCAUCUGCUAUAGACAUAGAUGCCACUGGCUUAGAUGCAGAAGAAAAUGAUAUUCCAGCAAACCAUCGCUCCCCCAAACCCAGUGCAAACAGUGUAACAUCACCCCACUCCAAAGAGAAAAGAAUGCCCUUCUUUAAGAAGACAGAGCACAUCCCUCCCUAUGAUGUAGUGCCUUCUAUGCGACCAGUAGUUUUAGUGGGGCCUUCUCUGAAGGGAUAUGAGGUAACCGAUAUGAUGCAAAAAGCAUUAUUUGAUUUUUUAAAACAUAGAUUCGAAGGGCGUAUAUCAAUUACACGAGUCACAGCAGACAUCUCGCUUGCCAAACGCUCAGUAUUAAACAACCCCAGUAAGCACGCGAUAAUAGAGCGAUCCAACACAAGAUCAAGCUUAGCUGAAGUUCAAAGUGAAAUUGAACGGAUUUUUGAAUUAGCAAGGACACUGCAGUUGGUAGUGCUUGAUGCUGACACCAUUAACCACCCAGCUCAACUAAGCAAAACCUCUCUGGCUCCCAUUAUAGUAUACGUAAAGAUUUCUUCUCCUAAGGUUUUACAGAGGUUAAUAAAAUCUCGAGGGAAAUCUCAGGCCAAACACCUUAAUGUUCAGAUGGUGGCAGCUGAUAAACUGGCACAGUGUCCUCCCGAAAUGUUCGAUGUAAUUCUUGAUGAGAACCAGCUUGAAGAUGCUUGUGAGCACCUUGCUGACUAUCUGGAAGCCUACUGGAAGGCCACACAUCCACCUAGCAGCAAUCCUCCUAACCAGCUUCUCACUCGCACACUUGCAACAGCCACUCUUCCUAUUAGCCCAGGUCCAAAUAUUAAUUUACAGGGAUCUCAAGGAGACCAGAGGAAUGACCAUUCAGUCCCUGAACGCAGCGGUUCACAAAUUGAAGAGGAAGCACGGGUUGAACCCAUCAAGAAAUCCCAGCAUCGCUCUUCCUCGAGCCAACACCACAACCAUCGCAGUGGUGUUAGAGGCCUUUCUAGGCAAGAAACUUUUGACUCAGAAACACAAGACAGCAGAGAUUCAGCUUACGUGGAGCCAAAGGAGGACUACUCACAUGAGCAUGGUGACCACUAUGAUUCUCACAGGGAUCACAAUCAUAGAGACGAGUCCCACGGGAGCAGUGAUCACAGACAUAGAGAAUCAAGGCAUCGCUCAAAGGAGAGGGACCGCGAGCAGGACCACAAUGAAUGCAACAAACAGCGUAGUCGUCAUAAAUCAAGGGACCAAUAUUGUGACAAGGAUGGGGAAGUGAUAUCGAAAAAACGUAACGACGCAGGAGAAUGGAACAGGGAUGUUUACAUCCGUCAGUAACUUUUGCCUCCGGCAGUCUUGUGUUUCUUUGAAGUCUUGUAACAAUGCCCCCUGAAAAUAUCUUUGGGUUCUUCAUUGCAGAACAUAUGGUAUCCUUCUGUAUGCUGAUUUGUAUUGCUGUUGCUUGCAUAGCAAUAGCAUGAAAUAGAAUAUUCAUAUACUUAUUUUUUUUGGUUAGUGCUAUAUGAAUUAGCGUAGUACAACUGCAGAGCUCCUGAUGUUGUACUAUGCCAUUUUUCAAGCUGUUUUUUGGUAGCUGCCACUUGAACAAUAUCUGUUGCCAUCAAGGUGUUGUUAGUGUUUUUUAAAAAAAGGUACAUUUGAUGUUUAAUAACUUCCCGUGUAUUCAGCAGGCCAGAAUCAGCACAUAAAAAAUCUAAAACUUUUUGUCUGCUCUGAUUUUUAAUUUGGAUGCACUUGAUUUGCAUAUUGAUUUAAGAGCCACUAUCUGUUGCUUGUACCUCUGGUGAACUCCAUUUGAAGACAGAAUUCAGUCUUGCCUUACACACAGGGGAUCAUAAAGUCAAAAUCUAUUUUCUAUGUACUGGUACUGUGUACUGUAUAUACAGUUUAUAAAUGUUAUUUCUGCAGACACC